UGUGUGGUAGAGCGGUAGGUGCUUGCACGUGGGUCGAAAAAUAACUUACGUGCUUUUUCAUUUGGUCCGCUUGGGAACCUUACAUUGGAUUACACAGAGGAGGAAAGGCAAAAUAGGCAGGCGGAGUGAACGAAGCGGUGGAGCAAAGGAAGCGGCGGAGCAAGGAAGACAGUGGAGCUUUCGCCCCCUCGUGUGCCGCACAUGCAGCACAUGCAGCACAUGCAGCACCUACUGGAGGGGCUUAAACCCAGCGGGGGGAACCCCGCACUUGUGGGCAGGCCCUUUCUGCGCAGGCAGCGCAGGCACAAAACCUUCGACGAGAGAGAACGGGCCUUCUUCGACCAAAUGCACAGCGAGUGGUGGAAUGAUCACCAGAAGGCCAAGCCAACAUGGUGCGACGUACUUCACAAAGUCGCAGGGGCAAACACCUACAGCCUGCACGACUACAACAGGCACAGGUUCCACUUCAUCAGCAGGAAUUAUGCGUUCCUCUUUUACGAGAAGAUGAAGGAGGGGGGGCAGCAGGGCAGGCAGAAGGAAGGGAAAAGGAAAGGAGAAGAGAAAGAAAGCAAAGGAGAAACGAAAGAAAACAAAGGAGAACACCCAAACGACAUCACCAUAAACGUCCUCGACGUGGGCUGCGGCGGAGGCAUCCUGUGCGAGUACAUGCGGAGGAACUUCCCCUAUUUUUGUCUCCAAAGUGAUGUAGUAGGACGAGGCGCAGGGUGCGGUGAUGUGCCUGGGAGGAAGGUGCAAAUUAACAUCGACGGGAUUGACGUGUCUAGUAAGCUCAUAGACGUGGCGCGCAGGAGGCAGCAGGCCGAGGGGGCACAGUACACAGGGGUAGCCCCUCUACACACCAGCAACGGAAAAGGAGACAUACCCCCCCGACCAUCCCGCCUGGAAGAAGGACCCUACUGGGGGGAGAACCAAAGGGAGAACACCCCAUGGAGCAACUUAAAUGUGCAGAUAAACCAAAGCUACUAUAACUGCGAUGUAAGUGACUUCACAAAAUGGAGCAACCGGGAGGGGAAAAGAAAAUAUAACAUCGUGGUGUCGUCCGAAGUGAUUGAGCAUGUGCCCAAUGGAAAAAAGGAGGAGCACAUAAGGUGCAUCAGUCAGUUAUGCUCCCCCGAGGCUCUGGUCGUUUUUACAACGAUUGGCAAAAAUUUUCUUUCCUAUUUGUACUCUAUCAUUCUAGCUGAGUACGUCACUGGGAUGGUGAAAAAGGGCACACACAACUACGAGCAGUUUAUCGGAUCGGACCAGCUGACCCAGCUGUGCGCCCUUUUUGAUUUGCAGAACUUGAGCACGGAGCACGCGGUGUACGUCCCCUUUCUGCGCGACUACUUCCCCACGCGCUGGCUGAGGUUGCUUUAUCUGUCCGCCUUCGUUUACCGGGGGGGCGGUUAG